AUGUGGUUCUCUGGCUACGCGGCCUCCCUGGCCUUGUUAGGUGGCACUAUGGUAUCAGCCUUCGGUCGCCAUGCCGCUCACCAAGGACUAUUGCAAAUCUCUCCUUCAUUUGCUAAAGAGGGUAUCAACUUGUACCCUGCGCUUCACCCGGAGCACGACACCACAGAUCUCAAUCAUCUGGUCCCUGAGGUUUCAAAGCGCCUGCAUUUCAGCCAGGAAGGACAUCGCCCCGCCCUGCAUGGUGCCAAACAUGCUCACCUCGAAGGAACCUUUUCACAUCCCACUGUUGUUUUGGAGCAUUCUAACCACAUCGAUGACGUGGAUUGCACUGAGCAUCAUAUUCAGGUCUUCUUUAACACGAAGGAGGCAAUGGAUACGGCGGAAAAUCACUGGCAAGAGGCGGCCACGGGGCAAGAAUUCAAUUUAAUUACGUAUCAUGUGAAUUGUGGUCACCUUACAGGUGAACAGCGCUCUUUCUUCCGCGCAUCCCAACCGAAGAUCAACGGCAACUCCAUCACAGUUGCCACUCGACUGAUCGAUGAGAAUGACGCGAUCCAUGGAGGCAAUUUGGAGUGGGGAACAUACAUGAAGCCAGGCUUAUCAAAACGUCAGCCGGUCAAGGGACAUGUUCGCGCAUCUCAACCACAGGAAGUCAUCUUGGAUGGAGAAGGUGGGAACUCAACAAUGGAUAUCACCCAGGAUCAAGAAUCAUUCAAGGAAUUUUUUUCCAGUUUGGACAACUACGGGUUCACCGAUAUACCUGAUGAAGGAACCUAUGGAGGUGGGUUCUUGAAUUAUGACGGCUUUGAGAAUGAUGGCCUUGUUCGACGGGGGCUCUUUUCCUGGAUAGUCAAUGGGAUCAGAGCUCUGAUUGAUUUGCUUGUAGCCCAGGUUCAGGCGCAAGUUCAGUUGAUCAUCGUGAUCGCCAAGGUCAUGGUCACCAUUUAUUCAUCAAUCGUGAAACUAUUGCUGGUGCCUUUCGGAUUCCCUUUUGAUCAAGAGUAUCAUGAAGACAUUCAGUUCAACCACUAUGUACCCAAAUGGAUUGGCUUUGGGACAGACCUCGAAGCCACGAUAGCUGGUGUGUUGUCAAACUCAAAUGUUCCUGGGACAGUGAAGGAGGUCGAAGACCUCAUCAAGGCGGGCAUCAUUACUGAAGAUGAGGCAAAAGCAUUGAACCUCAAGGGAAAGGAUCUUAAGGAUGCCGUGGACUACAUUUAUAAUGAACAAGGGUCAUCGUUAUAUCUCAAUUGCGACUCCUGUGGCACUAAGGGAAGCUUUACCUUUGAUGGUAAGCUCGCCUUCAGUAUUGCCGAAGGUCUGACAAAAGCCCAGAUUUCUUUGAUCAACAAAGAGGAGUUUGUGCUGGAAGCUGUUUUUGGUUUGAAGUAUCAGGUUCGGAGAAAGCCGAAAGCCGUGAAUCUUUCCAAGAGAAUUCCCGGUAUCCCUCUAACCCCGCUUUAUAUUCCAGGGCUACUCACCAUCGGGCCACAAGUGGUGAUGGAACCACAGGCCAGUAUCUAUGCUGAUGGGACAGUUAAUCUCAGGGCUGGUCCGAGAUUCACCAUCUCACCUGGCAACGUGACCCUGGACGCUAAAAACCCGACCCAGAAUACUGCUGAGGGCUGGGAGCCGAGCUUCAAUUUCGUCUUUGAACCGACUGCAAGUAUAGUGGUAACAGCUGACUUGGCAUUGCAAGUUGGCAUUGAAGUUGCCAUAGAUGUACUCACCGGAACCUAUAAUACGGCUGCAGGCGUAUAUACAGCCCCAUCAGUCUACUUCACGGCGGAAUACUCGAAGAAUAUUGAUUCCAGCGACACAGGGAAACUCAAAGCUUGCGACAACGGAAUUGAACUCCGAGCGGGGGCGAAAAAUCGAGUCUACAGUUCGUUCUUCGGACUGAGAGAAUUUGAAUUUAAGGAACUGGGAACGACUUUUCUCGACUUUCGUAUCGGCUGUAUUCAUCCGUUCCGCGAACAGGUGUGGUCCUCCACUGAUGUGGAGAAGUCUAAGGUGUUACAGGGGUAUGGCUUUGAGACUGGCAUUGGAAAGGAAGUUAGCAAGCGGCUUAACGGUAUGAUUGCAGCCAAAUCGAUCAAUGUCACCUCACCGGACAAGAUCGAGUUGGGCGACCAACAUGCCGCCGCUUUGAAGCACAAGAGUAAACAGGGAACUACCGAGAAGAUGCCCAAGACUCAUGGAUUCCGAGUGGUUCAGGAUGCUGGAAUGGCCGGUACUCUUGUCUCAGGAACGGAUGGAAGGGUCUAUAUGAGCGAUAAUUCGGCCAAUGACGACCUGAGCGCACCCUGGGGCGCUCUGGAUCUGAAGAAGGAGCAGUACAACUACGACGUUUUUGGUCGCCUCAUGUGGUUUAACUCCACUCGUCUCAGAAACAACAACUACGGAAUGGUGGAAAUCGGCGUUACUCCUGCCGAAACGGUGCCCAAGGGUGUCAGUGCCGCCUCCUUCAAAGUCGUCAGCGACGACAAUGACGAUGAAAGCUUUGUCAUGGCUCUCAAUGCCAGUUCUUUACAAGUUAACGACGGAAGACCCGAGUGGCUUUGGUAUCCUGUCGUGUGCCGAAUCCCUGCACGCGGACUCCAGCUUUUUGCGGCCUCUUACAUCAUCGAUGGAUCUGCAGCUAGGCCUCAACAAGGAGAUCUAGGUAGUGUCUAUGAUGCAUUGCCACAAUACUUGGAUGAAAGAGAGUACAAGCAGGCUUUCUGGGAUUUAGGCCUCCCCAAAUUGAUAAAGAAAAACAACAAGCACAGGGAUGUGAAGAAACACGGUGGGCUGACAGACGCUCAGGAGAAACUCAGACAGAAGAGACUCAGGGUGAAGAAAAAGAAGGCUUACAAAAACUUUCAAAAUUGGAGUACAUCUGAUUUCGCAGAGGAGGAUAUCAAAGCCUGUCGGACAGUGAGGUUGAUCUCCAGCCUUAAGAAGAAAGACACGAACGAUCUUGUAUCUGAUGUGGUCAAGGAUACUGGAGAUGUGGCAAAAGGAAUUGUGGAAGGUGCUGGUAAAGCAGUGGAAGCUGCCUGA